AUGAUAACAAAGGCAGUGGCUGCGCCAAUCUCGACAGAUGACAAUACUGAUGUCAUUUUCGAUUACACAUCAUCAAUAGCUCUUUUGCUUCUCGCUUAUUUCAGUAUCAAAGAAUCAGAGAUUGAUAUUACAGAAAUGUGGUUAUAUACAAUUCUCUCUUUUAGUUUUAUUUUCUUAAAAGCCGGCUUUUUUACCUGGUUUUGUAUUAAAAAAUACCACGAUACUGGCGACCAUUUAUUCAUCGUCUAUGUCAUCGUAAUAUUAGCAGUGGGGUUUGUUGCCGUCGUAUACACAAGUAUUACAAUCCACUUAUCAAUUUACAUCAUCAAUGAAGACAAAGGGCAUUUGGGUGAUAGAGUGCAUGACUUUUCGCUCAGAUAUCCUAAAGCGGGGUUCUAUAUAAGCCUUAUUCAAGUCUUUUUUCUUGAUAUAUCACAAUUUAUAUUUUUGGGGAUAUAUGCUUCUCGCGGCUACUAUGAAUCUAACAGAUACUUAUUCAUUGUUAUACCGACUUUAUUGAUGGCUCUUUGUGCCACUACAAAAUGCAUUUACGUUAUUUUUACUAGUGAAACAUCGGGAAGAAAAAAAACAAGUGGAAGACAAAUAGUAAAAAAUAUCGUAAAGGGGCAGUUCUAUCAGUCGCUAUUGUUAAUGUUGUUUGCCGGUGAUGUAAUUGAAAUGCUGUUAUUAAAUCUUGAUCCUAUAUGGACAAAAGUUUAUUUGACCAUAGAUGCUACAUCAUUUGUACUAGGAGGAAUCGUGAUUAAUGCUGCAGAGAAAAAGGCAGAAGAAAAGGCAAAGAGAAAUUCAGUUGUGGGUGGCCAACAACCACAAACUAGAGAAGGCCCUACUACAGUUUGA